AUGGAGAAGAAACUUGGGAUGCAGAAUGAAGUUAAGGAAGCAGAAGGAGUUAAGGAGGAUGGAGAAGAAGUUAGGGAAGGAGAAAAGGUUAAGAAUGAAGAACAAGUUAGGGAAGGAGAAGAAAUUAAGGAUGGAGAAAUUGUUUGGGGUGGGGAAGAAGUGAAGGAAGGAGAAGAGGUUAAGGAAGAAGAAGAAGAAGUUUUGGAUGGAGAAGAAGUUAAGGGUAAAGAAGAAAGUAUGGAUGGGGAAGAAGUUUGGGAUGGAGAAGAAGUUAAGGAGGGAGAAAUAAUCAUGGAUGGAGAAGAAGUUAAGGAAGGAGAAGAAAUUAGGGAUGAUGAGGAAGAAAGUAAGGAUGGAGAAGAAGAAGUUAUGGACGGAGAAGAUGUUAAGGAAGGAGAAGAAACUAAGGAUGGAGAAGAAGUUAGGGAAAGAGAAGAAGUUUGGGAUGGAGGAGAAAAUGAAGUUAAGGAAGCAGAAGAAGUUAAGGAGGAUGGAGAAGAAGUUAGGGAAGGAGAAAAGCUUAAGAAUGAAGAACAAGUUAGGGAAGGAGAAGAAGUUAAGGAUGGAGAAAUAGUUUGGGAUGGGGAAGAAGUGAAGGAAGGAGAAGAGGUUAAGGAAGAAGACGAAGAAGUUUUGGAUGGAGAAGAAGUUAAGGGUAAAGAAGAAUGUAUGGAUGGGGAAGAAGUUUUGGAUGGAGAAGAAGUUAAGGAGGGAGAUAUGAACAUGGAUGGAGAAGAAGUUAAGGAAGGAGAAGAAAUUAGGGAUGAUGAGGAAGAAAGUAAGGAUGGAGAAGAACAAGUUAUGGACGGAGAAGAUGUUAAGGAAGGAGAAGAAACUAAGGAAGGAGAAGAAGUUAGGGAAAGAGAAGAAGUUUGGGAUGGAGAAGAAGUUAAGGAUGGAGAAGAAGUUUGGGAUGGAGGAGAAGAAUCGAAGUGUGGAGAAGAAAUUAAGGAAGAAGAAGUUUAG